CCUAGUUUUCUUGUGAACAUAGAUAAUACACUAAUUUCUAGGUUGUCUUUGUCACACAUGUAGUUUCCCUUUUCUGGUUCUGCAUCGAAGCUGAAACCAUGCCGCUCGCAAUUGACUUAUUGCAUCCAUCGCCUGCAUCUGAGAGGAGGAAGCACAAGCUCAAAAGGCUUGUGCCACAUCCUAACUCAUAUUUCAUGGAUGUGAAAUGCCCAGGAUGUUAUAAAAUCACAACCGUAUUCAGUCACGCUCAGAGGGUAGUCGUAUGUGCAGGAUGCUCAACGAUCCUCUGCCAACCAACAGGAGGUCGUGCUAGACUUACUGAAGGAUGUUCAUUUAGGAGAAAACAACAUUAAGCCGCCUGGAGAGAGAGCCCUAAUUUAAGAUUUGCAUUUUUAUUUCCAAUUGUAUGAAUAUUUUUCUUAUUCAUCCGAUUUGUUAAAGCAUUAUAAAUAAAGGCUUUUUCAAAGGGUAAAU